UUGCCGCAGCCGAUUAGCCGUAGCCACUCGUAUCUCUUCACACAAAACCCCAUUUAAUUCAUUUCCUUCUUCACGGAUAUCAGCUACACCGGGCAGUUCCGGAAUAAUAAUGACCGCCGAAACUCUGCCUUACCAGAACGGCGUCGUCUCUAGUGGAGAUCUGGCCACAUCUAACCCUACCUCUAACAACGCCACCGCCAAGAAGUCCCGAGAGAGCGAAAGGCGCCGUCGCAGGCGCAAGCAGAAGAAGAACAAGAAGGCUGCCUCUCAGUCUCUCGAUGAUACCGCUCACGGCAACGAAAGUGACGAUGACAACGGUGACGAAGCUAAGGAGAACUCCGAUCAUCAACAGGUCUUGGAGCAAGUGGUAGUCGAGUAUGUUCCAGAAAAGGCAGAGUUAGAAGAUGGAUUGGAUGACGAAUUCAGGAAGAUCUUUGAGAAAUUUAAUUUUCAUGAAGCUGCUGGUUCUGAGGAGACUGAUAAAAAAGAUGAAUCUGCCCAAAAUGCUGAUCCAAAGAAAAAGGUUGACUCAGAUUCAGAAGAGGAAGAAGAAGAUACUAAGCAGAAGGACAAAGGCCUAUCGAACAAGAGGAAAAAGCUUCUGCGGCGCAUGAAAAUUGCAGAGCUGAAACAGAUAUGCUCAAGGCCGGAUGUUGUGGAGGUAUGGGAUGCUACUGCAUCAGACCCAAAGUUGCUAGUGUUUUUGAAAUCAUACAGAAAUUCUGUUCCUGUGCCAAGGCAUUGGUGCCAGAAAAGGAAAUUUUUGCAGGGAAAGCGUGGUAUUGAGAAGCAACCUUUUCAGCUUCCUGAUUUCAUUGCUGCAACAGGAAUUGAGAAAAUCAGACAGGCUUACAUUGAAAAAGAGGAUAGUAAGAAGUUGAAGCAGAAGCAACGUGAACGUAUGCAGCCCAAGAUGGGAAAAAUGGAUAUCGAUUAUCAGGUGCUCCAUGAUGCAUUUUUUAAGUACCAAACAAAGCCAAAACUUACUACUCAUGGUGACCUGUAUCAUGAAGGAAAAGAAUUUGAGGUGAAGCUUAGGGAGAUGAAGCCAGGUAGUCUUUCACAAGAAUUAAAAGAAGCUCUUGGUAUGCCCGAGGGUGCUCCUCCUCCUUGGCUUAUCAAUAUGCAGAGGUAUGGCCCUCCACCAUCUUACCCUCACCUGAAAAUCCCUGGACUUAAUGCUCCAAUUCCACCUGGAGCUAGCUUUGGUUAUCAUCCUGGUGGCUGGGGAAAGCCUCCUGUUGAUGAACAUGGUCGUCCUUUGUAUGGAGAUGUUUUUGGUGUUCAGCAACAAGAACAGCCCAAUUAUGAGGAAGAGCCAGUUGAUAAAACCAAGCAUUGGGGUGAUUUGGAGGAAGAGGAAGAGGAGGAAGAAGAGGAAGAGGAGGAAGAGAUUGAGGAAGAGGAGUUGGAGGAUGGCAUUCAAUCCGUAGAUAGCCUCUCAAGUACACCAACUGGUGUUGAAACACCAGAUGUCAUUGACCUCCGUAAGCAGCAAAGAAAGGAACCUGAAAGGCCUCUUUACCAAGUUCUUGAAGAAAAAGAAGAGAGGAUUGCUCCAGGGACUUUACUUGGAACAACACACACGUAUGUGGUUGCCAGUGGCACUCAAGACAAGUCAGCAGCCAAAAGGGUUGAUCUUCUUCGAGGCCAGAAAACAGAUAGAGUUGAUGUCACUUUACAACCUGAGGAAUUGGAUGCAUUGGACAAUGUUUUGCCUGCGAAGUAUGAGGAAGCAAGAGAGGAGGAGAAGUUGCGUAGCCAACGUGAGGAUUUCAGUGAUAUGGUUGCAGAGAAUGAAAAGAAAAGGAAGCGAAAGAUGCAAGAAAAGGAGGGGAAAUCAAAGAAAAAGGAUUUCAAGUUUUAGAGCGGUAGGCUGACCCCAUCACUGAAAGAAAAUUAAAUGCAUUUGUUAGUUUCUGCAGUGAAAUUGCUUGUAUUAUUAGGCGCCGAGAAUUUGUCUAUGUUGUCAUAGUUUUGAUGUACUAUCUAAAAUUAUAUAGUAUGAAUUACCAGCAAAGUAUCACUAAUUUUCCAUCUUCCAUGGUGUAGUUAUGCUAUCAAUUACAGCAUCACUUUAUGGUGGUCGGGUACUAGAGUUGCAACGAAAGCAUGUAUGAUAUAAUGAAAUAAAACAGUAGUUUGUUUGAUUUGAUUAA